UUCCAUCUUUUCGCAAAUAUAAUUACUUUACCCACUUUAAAAAGACAAAUAUUUGACAGUUUAAAAAGCGUACACCAUGGAGUCUCUCCUCAAAUAUGACACUCCACUUCUACUCACCAAAGGCAAAGUUAGGAAAUCAGUAAAGGGACGUCCUUUCAAAGUGAGCCAGCACCAGCCCGCGGACUCCCCGGUGCCCCCGCCCCCUAAAAGCAAAGCCCCCGAUGGCAUCAAGCAACAGAACGAGGAAAUCCUCCACGUCAUGUUCACCCCCAGGGAGUGGACGGAGGGCGGCCAGGUGUGGCUGCAGAGAGUGUCCACGGCACCGUGCACGCGAGCGGACGUCCUCAACCUGGAGGAAGUGCUGGACCGCAAGCUGCAGCAGAGGCGCGCCUUGGAAACGGGGAUCUGUCCCGUCCGCAGGGAGCUCUACUCUCAGUGCUUUGAGGAGCUGAUUCGACAGGUGACCAUCAACUGCGCCGAGAGGGGCCUCCUGCUGCUGCGGGUCCGAGACGAGAUCCAAAUGACCAUCUCGGCCUACCAGACCCUCUACGAGAGCAGCGUGGUGUUUGGCAUGAGGAAAGCUCUGCAGGCCGAGCAGGGCAAGGUGGACAUGCAGCAAAGAAUUGAUGACUUGGAGCGAGAGAAACAAGAGCUGAUCAAUCAACUCAAGGAACAAAAAGCUGAGUGCGUGGCGACACAGAAGAGGGAAGAGGAGAAGCGUGACGCACAGGAAAAGAAGCACAUGGAGCAAACUCAGUUUCUGAAGAGAACCAACCAGCAGCUGAAGGCACAGCUGGAAGGAAUCGUUAUGCCAAAGAAGUAG